AUUUUGUUAUAAACACACUGUGAGGGGUUACGUUCCCUGGUCAAACACUAGUUGGUUUUGUCUUUUUAAGUAUUUUCAAAUAACAGAGGUAUUCAAACUACACAUAAAGGCCUUUUAACACGUUUACACAUGUUCGUCAGCAGAUUGUUAGCUUUGUUGCUCCUGUGCAUUUCAAAGAUUUAGAUGAUGUCUUUUUUGACAUUUUCGUGCCAUAAUUAGACAUUCUUUUGCUCACAGAAUAUUUAGACAGGCCUUCAUUAAAUCGAAGCAAAAUAUUUUUAGCAUAAUUAGACUUCUGAUAUUUAAAGUCGUGCUCUUUUCAGGAACUGCACCAGUCUAUCUAAUCAGAAUAUGUAAUAUGAUUUCAAAUCCUUUGGAAAAUCAUUAUAGCUUAUACUUUUAGCCUUCUGAUAAAUAAAGAGCUAGCUAAAGUUAAUAAAUAUUUUUCAUCAAGGAUAUUUUAUUGUUUUGAUAUAAGUAAGAUUUAGUUGAAGGAUAACUAUCUGCAAAGUCUUGCAGCCAAACAUAAUGUAAAUAUGAGCUGAUGUUAUGAUGAUUUGAAAGGUUUUUCAGUUUUUAAGCUUAGACAAAUUUUCCUUGCAUGAACAAAUUAAACUUUGCUUUUACAAGAGAGGAUAGCCUCAGAUUUCACUUUUUUCUACAGGACACUUAGAUCACAGUUGACAAACUUUUUUCAAAAUUAUUCAACAUUUUAGAUUAAUGAGAGGUUUAGAAACCUUGUAAGAUUGAAUUUAUUAAAUCAGAAUAUGAAAACAAAAUUCAAGGUAAAUGCUAAAUUGUAGCAAGCUGGCGAAAGAAAAGCUUGCAUAUGAAUUUGGAACCAUCGAAACCCUUUCAACCUAAAAAAUGAAAUUUUGAAAGAGGUAGAGUUUCUAGUAAAACAAGCAGCAUGUUUGAAUAGCUUAUCCAAAUUAAUAUUCUUUUCCAGAAUUAUUUGGAUAUAAAUAAGUGCCUUACCAUGACAGCACUUAGACAGAAGACUCGACAUCAAAUUUUAUUCUCCGCUUUUUGCCAAAACUUCCCAAUUUUCUUUACCUCCGUCACUAGAAUGAUAAGAAAGUUUUUCCAGUAGGCAGAAUUGUGAAAGUGUUUUAAUAAACUUGACAGUGCCCAACGCUUGCAGUUAACCAAGUUUUCCAGUAAUCAAAGGUGCACAUUUAGAUAAACAAUUUUGUAAUAAGUGAGAAUAUGAUUUGACUACAAAAAAUGUUGUAGUUUAAUGGUAUACUAUCCAAAAAACACGAUGCAAAUAAUUUUCCCCAGCUCAAUUUUCCCUCAAUCGUCUUCACCCAAAAAUACUAGAAGUAAUUUUAUAGAAUGAAAAAUCAAUAAUUUAUAGCUGUUGAUUUAGAAGAAAGAUCGGCCGUUGACCUUAACAGUUCCAAUCAAAUUAUAUUGUUUGUUUGAUAUUUUAGUUAGAAAAGGGACUGUAUAACAUUUUGAAGAGCAAAAAACGCAAUUACUUUCAGACAGCUUGAAGAACUAAAAACGCUCUGACUGGAUUCUUCCCCCAAUUUUCCUUACUCCAAUAUCUUUAAGGAUGGCAAUUCAAUAUUUUAAAGAAGCAUAUUUAAAUUAGGUGACGUAGCAAUUGAAUAAUUCGACAAUUUGACGUAACAAUUACGGACUGGGUCGAAAUCUUUAAAAGUGGCGUUUGAUAAAAUAUCAACGGAUUUUUCUCAAGUUUCAACUACUGUUCGAAGCUAAUCAGAGUGCUACUCGAUAUUUGAAAAGACUCAAAGUUAAAAACUCACGAUGGAAAACAAUUAUAUUCGUUGUCAAAUGGGAGAGGAAAGCAGAGAUCAAGGAGGCUCCAGGCAACAUUGGAGCAUUGAUUCAGUUAAAAUAAGUGGAUCCGAAAAAGAAGAAUUCUCUGACAGUCCACUCAAUGAUCAAAGGGAGCAUAUCAACACUGCUCCUGAAAAUGUCGAAGAAUCAUUGUCUAAGACACAAUCAAACAUCUAUUGGGAUUCAGACGACUCAGAGUUUCUCGAUAUGAUAGAUUGCUUGCCAGAAGACGCUCGUCUGUCAUACUAUAAACGCAUGAAACUUCCGAGAGGCAUCAGAGAGCAACGGUUCUUAAAUCAAUCAAGAGGCCUGAAAAGAAAGAAAUCCUCACAAAACAAGGCUGGUGAGUCCAAGUGUCGAAGAAAAGAAAUUAUCUACUCUCAGAGAAAAUUCUGUCGAAGUUAUGAGGACGAAGAAGAUCAUUCAGGGUAUGAUACUGACAGUGAAGAUGAAGAUGAUUCUGGGAAGAGCAUGCAUUCUGAAAUUGUAGAGGAAGGCAACUCUUUGCUUGAAGCACCUAAACAUGAAGCUGCCAUCACUUCGGCUGCUGCUGAUCAGGUUAGAGCCUCAGAAGAUGUUGCUGAUGAUGAAUCUGACUACCCAGAAUUCGAUUCAGACUUCGAAGUCGACGAUCCGAUGUUCUUCAGAGAUGAUGACACAAUGCCUUUACCUGAUUUUGAGCCAAUGGUGGAUAUGAAUGAAGAAAAUGACGCCGGUGAAGACCGUAUUUACAGGCGGGAACGCGAUGAAAAUGACCUUGAUGAAGACAGCGACGAUGGAUACGAAUCAGACCAAGAGGACGCAAGAAAAGGUUUUGCUCUAAUACAAACACAUCAAGGCAUGGCCAUCAGAUUCAAGAACUUUCAAUCAAUCGUACCAUAUCUAAACUCCUUGCUGCCAGGGCAGCUUAGCCAGGGCGGAGUCUUAAACUUGCACUAUCAUCCUUCAACAUAUCCAUUCACGAGAAAUUCGCUCUUCAAUUUCCAACGCAAUAUCGCUGCUGCUUUUGAUCAACCAUUGAUAGAUGAAGUUAUAGUUAUUGACAGCGAUUCGGAAGAUGAUUCUGACGAAGUUGCAACUAUUGACAGCGAUCCUGAAGAUGAAACGAAUGAGGUAAUAACUAUUGAAAGUGAUUCAGAAGAGGAAUCUCAAGAAGAUGAUUUGCCUCGGCAACAAAUUGACAACAGGGAGGAUGUAUCUGCAGGAAGUGCUUCUUACGACUCAUUACCACGAUAUGACUCUGGAAACAUUGAACAUGAAGAGUUGAUCGAUGAAGCAAUUGAUGGGUCUGUUGAAAACCUGAACUCACAGGAAAUGACAUUGGAGAACCUUAUAUUAGAAGAGCAGCCACAACAUCAAUGGUAUCUUGAUAGCAGUAUUAGCCCGUUGGUGCAAAGCAUUCUUGUAAACGAACAACCAAAUGAAGUUUCCCUAGCAGAGAAUUCGGCCUCUGAAAAUAUGCCACCUUGCUGUGAUGCAGAAUGCCAAACUGAUGAUAAUUUGGAAGAUCACGAGGAAGAAGAGUGUUACCUCUGUGAAACAGAUCAAUAUCGAUAUUAUGGUCAGGAAGAGGUAGAAGGCAGUCUUCCUGUAAGAAUCUCUUUUGAGCAGCAACAUGGUAACGCUGACCAACAACAAUUGUAUAUCAGGGGCAUGGAAACAAAUGACGUAAAAAGAAGUUCUGAAUCGCAUUCUACCCUCGAAGAAUCAGACGAACAUAGUGUUCACACUUAUGAAGAGAGAUGUAGGAUGUCAGAGAGACAGCUCACAGGCAGGCAGACAGAAGUGAUUGACUGUUCUUGUUACAGCAACCGAUGCAGUGAAGACUGCUUUAUAGAUCAGUGCAGUGAUGCCGACUUUCCACUGUUUCAGCAAUUUCGAUGAACUUGAACAAGAAUAUAGAUGACCGUGAUGAGAAAGCUGAUGAACAUAAAAUUAAAAAACUUGAGACAAAUGAUAUCAACUACCUUUCUUCUUACUCUAAUAUGACUUUUCAAUCUAACAAUAAGGCGUUUUACUAGAUGAAAAUAUUGCGCUCUUCAAGAUAAAAUGCAGCUUAUUUCCUAUAUUAGAUAGGAGAAGUUGACAGAGUGGUAGUAACUUAAUCGAGAAAGUAAAGUUUGUCUUAAAGGUGUAUAUGAUCUAGGUUUGUAAUGUUAUCAAAGAUAAGUGAUCUAUGGAUGAAUGAGAUAUCUAUAUAUUAUCUUUUGAGUUUUCUUAAAAUAGCACCUCUUCUAUAACCGGGUUGAUUAAACUCACCCAGAUAUAUUGUCGGUUGCUGGGAAAAUUCAACUUGGCAUCUAAAAAUUUCCAUUAAAUAUAUGGUGCCCGAACUCGACUUUGAGAUUUAAACAGAAAUGAAAUAGAGAUAUGAUUGACCAAAGUAUUACAGAAGUUUCGAUACAGGAGACAGAAUAGGGCUACCAUAGCUAUGGUAAUCAGGGAAGAAGUCACUGGUUAUUCCCUCUCGCGUACUGUGGAAUUCUAAUAAAAGCCUUGCAAUUCCAAUGUAAAGGACAUCAGCUGGUCAAAGAUGCUUUUAGUUCAGACGUGCAAGUCUCAGGAAAUGUUGAGCGAGAAGUAGAUGUUGCACCCAAACUAAAGAAUUUCUAGGAAGGGUUGAUGAAAUCUUCCUUAGCAUAGAUAGUUGUUCUUAUUACAUGAACCCGCUUGAUUCUAUUUAUUUUGAUUAAAUUUAGUUGUGUCACAUUGCAAUAUCUUCAGUCUAGUUUAUAAUGCAUGGCCCCUGUUAAUCAAUUUUUGUCUAACUGACUGACAACCAUACCUACAGAACUUGAAAAUGAAAUAAAAUAUAACUAUCACCUAUGUAAACACAUGGGGCAAAACAUAAAGAUGCUGGAAAGAAGGGAAGCCAUCUUUCAAAUUGAUUAACUAAAGCAGCCGCCUUUUUUCUCUUGUCAUCGUAAAGUACUACUCAUAACAAGUGCUGCCGAAUAAUCCCGAAAAAAGCAGAGCAACAACAGCUGAACUGCGGCUCAGUCCCGGGGCACAACGAUACUCAGAAUAAUUUUCAUUAAAGUAUCUUUUUAAACAAAUGAAAUUGUUUGGUAUUUUUCAAUAGAUAAUGAGUUCGUGGAACUUUGUCUUGCCUUCCUAUUGAAAUUUAUCAUCAAAAAUAGCUUCAAGCUAUUUAACAUUAUCCUCAACAUAAAUUUUCUUGUUUCACUUGAAAGCAAGGAAUGAUUUUGGAGCUUAUCAACUGUUCCAGCUUUUAGGCUAGACCAUUUACCAAGCUAAUUUCCUUUUAACCAUUUGCAUUGAAGUUUUGCAUUGACAACAAGGUCAGAGUCUUUUCAAUAUUUUUCUAAAUGAGUGAGAUCACAGUUCCAUCGGCAUACAUAGUUCUUCCCAGUCAAUUGAGGUCAUCGCAGUGUAUCUUCCGCGGUAUAUGUUACAGUGUUCGCAUAGGAGUAUAUUUGUUGAUUAUUAACGAUCAAAAGCUGAUCAAUCUUAUUGAUUCUUCUUUAAGUUCCCAAUUAGUGAUAU